AGUAAUGUGGUUCAUUUAAAAAUAGAUUUAAGAACAUAGCAGAAAAAGCCAGAAUGUUCGUAAUAGUAUAAAAACAGCUUGUAAAAACUUUUCUUUCAAAGUAUACAGACACAUAAAACUUGUGAAUAGUUGGGAAACAUUGAAAAUACCAUAAGUUUAAAAUGACUGACGAGGUUCAUUUUACUAUUGAGAGAGAUGAUAAUGUUGGAAGAUAUGCUGUUGCAAAGGAGAAAUUAAAUGCUGGAGAUAUAAUUUUUUCCGAAGAACCGUUUGCUUAUGGGCCUAAGUCAGAUAGUGCGUGUCUGUGUUUAGGAUGUCAUAAUUUAGUGGACUGUACUGUCUUAUGUUCAAAGUGUUCAUGGCCGGUAUGUGGCUCGGACUGUGAAAAUCUUUCUUGCCAUAAAAACUAUGAAUGUGAAAUAUUUUCGAAGGCAAAUAUUAAAUUUCAAGCUGUUGAAGACCCUUCUGAUGUUUGUUUACAGUAUGAAUGUAUAACACCACUGAGGGUUUUACUAAUCAAAGAAAAAAACCCACAAAGAUGGGAAGAAGAAAUACAACUAAUGGAAUCCCAUAAUGAUAUCAGGAAACAGAAACCGAUCUGGGAAUUCAAUCAACAUAACAUUGUAGAAUAUUUGAGAGGACCUUGUAAAUUAGACAGGUUUUCGGAAGAUUUGAUACAUUCCGUUUGUGGAAUUUUGGAAAUCAAUGCUUUUGAGGCUAGAAAUCCCUCGGGCUAUAGCACCGUGAGGUGUUUAUUUCCCAAAUUAGCUAUUCUUUCUCACAACUGCAUAUCAAACAUACAUCAUGCUAUUGAUGUUAAAGGAAAUGGUAACAGUAACGAUUACAGAGUAAUCGUAAGAGCCGCUGUAGGCAUUCCAAAAGGUGGCCAAUUAUACAGCAGUUAUACAUAUUCUCUUUGGCCUACCUUGGUGAGAAGAGAAUUUCUGAGGGAAAGCAAAUUUUUCGAUUGUAAAUGUGAACGGUGUUCUGACAAAACUGAGCUGGGAACACAUUGUGGUACUUUGAAGUGUAACAAAUGUGAUAACGGAAUUAUUAUGUCCACUAAUCCAUUGGAUGAUACAUGUGAAUGGAAAUGUACACACUGUGAAUUUAAAACUAACGCAGUGGCUGUAAGAAAAGUAUUUGCCGCAAUCCAAGCAGAAAUUGAUGCAGUGGAUUACACUACAGGACCAGGAGGCAUUGAAAAAAGGGAAGCUAUUUACAGAAAAUACAGAUCUGUCCUACAUCCAAAGAACUCGUACAUGUCCAUUUUGCGAAGUGCUUUAACACAACUUUACGGCAAAUCAGACGAGUAUACUCUAGAAGACCUCCCAGACAUAAUUUUGGAAAGAAAAGUAGAACUUUGCAACCAAUUAUUAGAAGUUUUAAAUGUUAUAGAACCUGGACGCAGCAGAAUAAGAGGAAUCACAUUAUAUGAACUCCAUGGUCCGUUAAUGGUCUUAGCAAAACACCAAUACCUAAAUGAUGUUAUCACAAAGGAAUUCUUUAGGAAUGAUCUAAAAAAAGCAAUAGACGUUUUAGGAGAGGCUGUACAGAUCUUAAAACAAGAACCUGAAAACUCUCCUGAAGGGCAGUUAGGAAACAUGGCAGAGACGGCUUAUAAGCAGCUUCUGGAUAAUAUAGACAUGUUAGUGGAAUCUGCAUGAUAUAAUUGUAUCCUGUUGUGUUCAUUGUUAGUUUUGUUAAAUACAUCUAUGAAUGUUUUUUAAUAAAUAUCAUUUAAA